AUGCAUUGGAUUGAUGUGCUCGAGACGCUUUGUAUGGGUCAAUGUAUUGAUCAAAGUGAAGAAUUACCAUAAUUAAUAAAACAACGUGAUAAGUCAAUUGUAUUUCGUAAACCGAAGAAAUCUUCAAAAUCAUCUCCAGUAUGGGAACAUUUUUGUAUUAUUGUUGUAAAUGAUAUUGAACAAGCAUUUGUUUGUUGUGAUCACUGCAAAGAGUUGUUAGUUUAUCGUCAACGUGAUGGUACAACGUCUAUGACAAAACAUAAACGUUCAUGUCAUGCUAGUUUAACAAGUUCAAGUAGCUGUUCAGAUGGUCAAUUAACAGUUAUAGAAUAUUUUACAUCGUCCAAAAGUCCUAAUGUAUCAAAAAACAAUUAA